CGCUCUGUGCGUGGUGCGAGGGGCGGAGUCUACGAGUCCCAAAACGCGUCGCGCUCUGAGGUGCGCAGCUAUUUCUGCAUUUUUUCCUCACCGGGGCAGUAAACAGGAACCGUUUAAUUGUCCGGAGAUUAUAUAUCUAUAUUUUUUCAUUCCUUUCGCUUGAAUCGGCGGUAAAAGCAGGCAGCCCCUGCAGUUCACGGAUCAUGGCUUCCCUGCAUCGUCUGAGGCUGUGCCAGCCCAGGGGCAUCGCUAUCUCUCAUCUCCACACCAGCAGCCGUGCCUCUGCCAAGCAGCACUACAAGAUGUUGGUCCUUGGAGGAGGAAGUGGGGGCAUUUGCAUGAGCGCCCGGAUGAAGAGGCUGUUUGGAGCCGACAAUGUGGCCGUCGUGGAGCCGUCCGAGGUCCAUUACUAUCAGCCAAUAUGGACCCUGGUCGGGGCUGGAGCCAAAACUGUUGCCUCGUCGGCUCGUCCCACUGCCAGCAUUAUGCCGUCUGGUGUGAAGUGGGUGAAAUCCAAGGUUCAGGAAAUAAACCCAGACAAAAACAGCGUCCUUAUAGAAGAUGGGACUGAGAUCUCUUAUGACUAUUUAAUAGUGGCUCUCGGCUUGCAGCUCCAUUAUGAAAAGAUUAAAGGCUUGCCAGAGGCGUUUGAGCAUCCGAAGAUCGGGUCAAACUACUCCGUCGAAACUGUGGAGAAAACCUGGAAGGCUCUGCAGGACUUCAAAGAGGGCAACGCCAUCUUCACCUUCCCAAACACUCCUGUGAAAUGCGCCGGAGCUCCACAGAAGAUCAUGUACUUAUCGGACGCCUACCUUAGAAAGACAGGAAAAAGGGCAAAGGCCAACGUGAUAUACAACACAUCACUGCCGGUGCUCUUUGGGAUCAAGAAAUAUGCCGACACGUUGUGGGACAUCGUGAAAACCCGCGACCUGCAAAUAAACCUCCGACAAAAUCUGAUAGAAGUGCGGCCAGACAAACAAGAGGCCGUGUUUGAGAAUCUGGACAAACCAGGAGAAACCAAAGUGUUUGAGUAUGAGAUGCUUCAUGUUACACCACCGAUGGGACCCAGCCUGGUGGUUAAAGGCAGUCCUCUUGCUGAUGAGAACGGCUGGCUGGAUCUGAACAAAGAUACGCUCCAACAUAGCAAAUAUCCAAACGUGUUUGGGAUCGGAGACUGCACCAGCCUUCCCACGGCCAAAACCGGCGCUGCUGUCGCUGCACAGUCUGCGGUCCUGCACAGAACCAUCAGCAAAUUAGUGAAAAAUCAGAAGCCAGAUAAGAAGUAUGAUGGCUACACCUCCUGUCCACUGGUCACGAGCUACAACACAGUCGUCCUGGCAGAGUUCGACUAUAACGGUCAGCCGCUGGAAACGUUCCCAAUCAACCAAGCCAAAGAGCGAAGACUGAUGUACUACAUGAAAGCUGAUGUGAUGCCUCACCUCUACUGGCACGGGCUUCUCCGGGGCCUGUGGGGUGGACCUGGACCAUACAGGAAGCUCCUCCAUCUUGGGAUGAAGUAAAAUCUCUCCAUCAACUAGAUGUUAUGUUUCCUAAAACUUGACAAAGAAACUGGUAUAAAAUGUAUUGUGUCAUAAUCCCUGAAGCGACAGACGAGGGUGUCUGUGAUCUUGACAUCAUCAGAUUCAUCUCAGCUGCCUAAAAAGGAGGGAGUGGGCUUUGUAUUUACAACGAAAAUAAAUUACUUCAACGGGAGUCACUUCGUUUUUGGUCCGUUCGAUGAACAGAAGCCGAUCAUGUUUAAUGAUUGCUGGCACCUCCCUAAAGUGCGGCGAACCUAGAUGAAGCUGUAGCUCACAACCCCAGCAGGUAAAGAGGAACCAUUCUCAUGACAAGUUUGAUCAUUGUCACACAGCGGUACAGAAUCCGGAUUAAUCCAACUCACCCAUGCGCAGUCCAGCUAAUGACGUUCACGUCUCCAUAGCGGAACCCGGUAAAGCACAAUGUUGAGUUGCAAAAUAUAAUAGGAAUGCCUUAACUCUGCAGCUUUAUUUAGUCUUUAAUAAGUCUAUAUGACUGCAUAAUGUUUCAUGUUGCUACAGUAAAAAGUGUGUUCUGCUGGUAGCUUAUGUGAAUAGUUUUCAUUGCGAUCAGUUUUGCAUUUUUCUCAUCUCACUUUAAUCUUGAAAGCCGAGGAGUCCAAUUUAUCAUCAGUUGCUCUAAAACAUUUCACUGGAGUUCACCUUAUAAAUGCUUGACCAUAACCAUGAAAACUACCAUAAGUGCUUUUUUUGUACGUUUUAUAUGUCAGUGUUGGAGAUUUGUUCUACAUGUAUCAUUUUUUUCUUUUUCUUCUAAAUGUCACGGUGGUCACACAGUCAAAGCAAAAAUCAUUGUAACUAAUAAAGUUAUUGCUCCUUAAUCAAUAAAAUGGCAAUAAUGUUAAAAA